GUUGGGAAUAACAACCGAUCAAGUGCAAAAUACAAAAAUAAAUAAAUAAUGGAAGAAAAUGACAUUGAAAUGAGAGAUGCUAUAAUAUCCUCCCCUGCGGGAUAUAAAAUCGACACAUUGACACUCUCAGAUCCCGAAGAAGAUGAUAAUUUAGAGGAUGAGGAGCGCGAUGAGUCCUUGUUGUGGUCCAUAGAGGAUACUAUGUUUUUUGCUCAAGGCCUAAGGAACCAUAGUGCGGGCAAAAGCAAAUCUGUAUUUGUCACAUGGAAUGAAAACUAUCUGCUUAAUUUUGUCUUCAAGACUUCAAGCAAAAAUAAGAAAACUACCUUAACAAAAGUACACCUCACAAUGCCACAAGCACCCACUCCGGAAGCAGAGGCAGAAGAAGUUGUAGAUAUGCUAAUAUUGGAAAUGAAUACGCUGCUGUUGAUGAAAAGUGGAAGAGUUUAUUACUUUAGCUCGGUUAAGGCUAUGCACAUGGUAUCCUGGCUAAAUAAUGUGAGAUGCUUCUGCAAUUGUCCCCAGACUCAGUUUGCAGUUAUACGUCUGGCGGAGCAUGAAACAACAAAACAGUUACUCUUGGAGGUUUAUCAAGAUGUGCCGCAUUUAGGUGAAACCCUCAAUGCUGGAGAAGUUGUUCACCACAGCUAUGACAUUAGUUUUGACCAACAAAAUCUUUUCAAUUGCAAUUGGGAUAGUGAACGUUACAUUUUGUUCUCACUGAUUGCUGAUGAGGAAAAUAUUGGAUUUUUAAAGCAACUCGUUUCUAUAGGAAAUGUUAUGCGGUCCAAGGAGGAAAAGACUAUGUUGGAAAUGAAUCAAGAAGUGCAUAUAUUCACCAUAUCGGGUAAUAUGUUUGUACUCAUUGGCGCUAUGUCUUCUCAUGACAGCAAUCCCUCCAAAGCCCAAGUCCAAGACUACACCAUACAAUUGUUAAAUACUUAUGCCACUACCAUCGAGUGUAUACAAAUUGAUACUGUAAAGAAUAUUCUCAUAGUGGUGCUGCAAUCAGGUCACAUGGAUAUAUGGUAUAAAAGUACACGCAUGGUUGGCUCCAUUUGCCAUUUGAGUCAUGAGAUAUCCUAUUUCACUCACUAUGAUUAUAAUUCUGGGGAUAACACUUUUUACUUUGUUAAACCCGAGGAGGUUAGCCAAUUGAGGGUUAUAGUCAACAGCAAUCCCAAUGAGGGUGAAAACGAAUGUACCGUAAAGGAAGUGAAUAAGGCCAUUGCUGGUAUGGUAGCAUGCACGUGGGUGGAAAAUCUUCAUCAAUUGAUUUGUCUAAGUAUCAAUAACAUAUUCUAUAGAAUACAUUUUGAGCCUAUAUCUGAGGGAGACAGUGAAACCGCCAUAAAUGAGGAGGGUAACAAUGUAGAGUAUGAAAAUUUCAACACCCUGUAUGCCUUGACCAGCAAACGUAUGAAGGAACUUAUGAGGAAAGCCCAAAUUGUAGAGCAAUUAAUGGAGGAACCAAAAAAUUUGCAUCAGAGAGUGGAAAUGGAAUGGCAGAAGCAACAGUUACUAUCCAUGGGUUUCAAGAAAAUUUGGAAAGAUGUAUUAAAAUGUCACAUGGAAUAUCUUAUGGAGCCCAUAGUCCAAUACGAAACUGAAGAUCUUGUUUUAAGAGCUACCUUUGAUCGCGAUUGCCUACAGGAUGAUCUCAAUGGGAAUAGUAUGUAUACCGCCUUAUAUAUGACACUGAUCUGUAAGGAUAAUCUCUUUUUGUCCAUAAUACAAACGGCUGCUUGGAAAUUACAGAUAUCCAUUGAAGGCCAAAGUCUGCUACUGACCCUUCCCUCUGCCUCGGAUAUUGUUAACAAAAGGCUUUGUUUUCUAAUAAAACAUUCGACCAGGAAAAGAGAUCUUCUGCCGGAAUUCUGUGUAAGCCUAAUAACAUUUGUGCAACACAAUGCGGUGUAUUUGUGCCUUAGCCAAGGCAUUGAUGUUGUAAAGAAUGAGAAAACCUAUGCUCGUUUAUUUUCCCUGGCACCGCAGAUUUUGCUGCAAGGUCAAACUCUAGGAGAUAUUGAUGGGGUUAUAAGGGAAUUUAUGUGUACUGCCAAGAAAAAGUUUGAUUCUGAUACUGGUAUACCUAUGAUAAACGAGGUCCUGCACAAAAUAAGCCAUCAACAAGCAAAGACUAUUUUAGGGAUUUUCCACAAAUCCUAUGAAAAUGAAUUGAACCUUGAGUUUAAAUUAUUUUAUCUGCGUGAGCAUGCCUUGCAUCUAAAUUAUGAUGAACCCCAACAGUUGUUAACUUUAACCAGCCAAAAACCUGAAGCUUUACUCUAUUUCAAAUUAUGUCUAAUGCAUGAAUUCAAAUCAUCUUUUGGAAAUAUAAGUUCAGUGGAAAACAAAGAGCUUCUUCAGAAAAUAAUGCAAUAUCAAGCCAAUGUGGAAAAUUUAUAUGGAUCUGGUCCCCUUACAUCUGCUGAUAUGGAUGUUGAGGGUAACAAUUCGGCUGCAGUUUCUUUACAUUUGGAGAAUUUGCUUAAAAUAUAUUCUAUGCUGCGCAGUGAAUUCAAUGAAUUCUUUAGAUAGUAACCGGAAACCGUCUUUUAAAAUCAACUACUGCCAAAAUUAAAGACGUAACACGUAAGAGAUUUAAUGAAUCCUGUAGAAAAGGGUGGCUAUAGAGGAUAUAGAUUUUCAAUCUACAGCCUAUUGAUUGUUAAUAAUUUUCCUAACAUACAUAUAUCAUGUA